UGCUUUAUGUUUAUGCUAUGUAAUGUAGUGUUUGUUUUGUGAUUGAUUACUGUACAUUACCACAGAAAACAUACUAGGCUACUAGACUUGUAUUUAUGCAUUAUAAUUGCAUUGUAUAGUUCCACUUUCAACUACAAUGGCUGAGGAAGGAGUCCAGGGCCCUUCUAGUCUUCAGCAGUCCAAUGUUGAUGAAGGUGUUAAAUAUAUUGGGGAUAGAAAUGCAAUAUUAUUUAGUGCCGAAGCUGGUGAACCUCUUCCUCCCUUGGAACUUCCCGAUGACUUUUUCGAACUGAAGAAAGACGAUGUUCGUGCAUUAUUUAAGGAACUCAAAGAAAAUAGAGAGAUGAUGGAGAACUCGCCAUUCCGCACAAAGGCUGUCCGAGAGAUGGAGGAAAACAUGGCCAUGUUGCAACGGCUUCACUCGUACACCAAGACAGUUCUAAGGAUACAAUUCCCCGACCGUCUCGUGCUUCAAGCCGUGUUCAACCACUCAGACAACGUACAGACAGUGGUGGAGUUCAUCAAACAGUUCCUUCACUCGCCAGAUGUACAGUUCCAACUUUACACUGCACCUCCGAAGUGUGUGUUGAAGCCAGAGUCUACUUUAGUUGAGGCCAAGUUGACUCCAAGAGCUUUGGUCUACUUUGGUGCAAUCCCUACAAGUGAGGAAACAACCUUCCUUAAACCUUCAUACCUGACUUCUCUCACAAGUCCCAAACAAGCUUCUGAGGCAGCUUUACACUAUAGGAGGAAAGAAAAUGCUGAUGAAGUAAAAAUGGAAGAAUCUGUAAAAGACUCAGAACCUUCAAGUAGCACCAAAGAAUCAAAAUUACCUUCUACUAGUAAAACUAGCGGUCCUAAGAGCAACAAAGUCCCAAAGUGGUUUAAGAGAUAAUACAUUUGUCGAUAUUUGUUAAACACGCUCACUCUAACCAUGGCACUUGUGUUAAUAUUUAUACUGAAUAAAUUUAUUGAUGGU